AUGUCAGUCAAGCAAUCUGGCAUCGAGCGUGUUGGGUUCACCGACCUCCGUGGACCCUACGGGGCUAUCAACAUUGAGUGCUCUCUCUACCCUUCAAACCCACAACUGAAUGCUCAGAAUCUCACGCCUGCUCUGAUAUACAUCCAUGGCGGCGGCUACAAUGUCGGAACAGGCGACGAAUUCGAAAAUGGAUGCCGAAUUCUGGCUGAAAAGGCCGGGGUGCAGGUGUAUCUUGCUGUUCUGAACUGGUUAAGAGGUAACGGGGGAAGAGACCGAGGUGUUGACCCCGACCAUGUCUUUGGCGGCGGGGAUAGCGCUGGUGGGAACAUGACGGCGGCGCUUUCGCUCAGGCUGCGUGGUGAGGGGAAGAGAGCAAUGGCCGGUAAUGUGAUCUUUGAAUUCGCCAGCAACUAUAUUCGCGCCGGCGUACCGCCGUCGGCGCUUUAUAUAUCGCCAGGACAACACUCAGUCCCCAGCCUAAAAGACCUUCCAGCCGCUGCAGUCUACACCUGUGGCUUGGAAUGCUUGCGAGAUGUUGAUGUCGAGUUCGCUUCGAAUUGGAAGAGGCUGGCAUUCAGGUCACCUGGCACCAAUACGAAACCCUGUGCCAUGGGCUUUCUGCAGAUGGUCCCUUGGAGCUCUACUGCCAUGAAAGCGCUGCUUCAAGUUGCACAGGAUUUAAGAGAUACAAUCAAGAGUGGUCAGAAAUAG